AUGGACCAAACUGUCCGUGCGCCAGCGACCGACGUCGCUUCAGGCGCUCAUCGCGCGCGUGCGGUCGAAGAGGGCAACUGCAACAACAGCACCGACGACGACAAAGCUCAGCACGACCUGCACGACGAGUCGGCCACUUCGCUCGCCUCUCCUUGUCGCUCGCAACUGCCCCAACUACCCCAACCACAUGACGGCGCAUCCGAAGCUCCAAUAUCUGAUUCGUCGGCCUCUUUUUCCAGCGCAUCUACCGAACCCGCACGCGCAUUGCAGCUGCGCCGAUCGUCUUCACUACAUCGUGCGGUCUUUGCAAGCAGCAGUGGCGGGUCAGAUAGUGACCGUCCGGGCCGACGAUGGCGAAGCGACGAACAGGAUAGUCAUAACGAGGAUGACCGCGCGUCUUCUGAGCUGGUUCUGCAGCUCCAGAGGCUCUGCAGACGCCAGAGACAACGUGCAGAGGAGCGCGCGUUUGUGCGUGAUGUCGAGCGCGUGAUGGCGCUGCUGAGAGCGCCACUACCGACGUCAAGAGAUGUGCAAGUGACGUCCGCGACGUUUCCAGGCUACGGGCUGUCGCUCGACUUGCUGAGCAGUGGACAUGAAUCAGACACAGUUGCUGCAGUUGCAGUUGACGAGGGGCAGAGCUCUGGGACGAGUGACAGCUCUCGGUUCAGUACUGGACGUGUCAGGAGAUCUCAUGACCGACGCUUCGCGUCGCGCGUGACGCUCACGUUGGCGGAAAUUGAUGCUCUUUUGGAUUGCAUCGCCGACUUGUUUGAGCAUCGGAACCCGGACGUGCGGGCACUAGCUUUUGAGGUGGUGCAUCUUUGUGUACUGCGCUUUGGGGAGCGAUUGACGCCAGCGCUGAGAAGAAAGAUCUACUUGCAACUGGAAUCGCACCCGUCAAAGGACUUUUUGCUGCGGCAGAAAGUUCUUCGUACACUAACUCACGAUGGCCGGCACGUGGAGCCGUUUCACGUUGAGCUAGGCUGGUUCUUGCUGCGUCUCUUGGAACAGUCCGAUGCGCAAAAAGACUUGCUUGGACUCAUCCAAAGUAUCUUGCGUCGCAGUCCUCGAGCACUCGAUCGUGACAAAGUGAUUGCGAUUGUGUCGGUCAUCAGUGGGCGAUGCGACAUUGCAUGGAGCCGUAGCGAUUUGGAUGCGUGUCACAGAUCGAUCGCUUUUUUCCAUGUUUUGGCAACGCAUGACUUGGCGUACGCGGCAAGCACACCGGCAUGUUUGCGCUCGCUAUGCUGCCUUGUGAAUGCGGAUGGUCACGGGACGUGGUCAGUCAUGAAACUGCUACUGACUGGAUGUUCUGGUUUCCUCGUACUGCGGGGAUUGGUGCAGAUGCUAGAGCACCCGACUGGAGUCAAUUCGCCUUGGGUACUCCGAGGUGCUGUUUUCUUUGUGGGCAUGUCUUGUUGGGGCUCUCAGCGCGUGGCUAAGUUUGACGACAUCGCAUGGGGUCCCAUAUUGCUCGCCCUCGAACGAGCUUUGCAGUGUGGUCGGAGAGUAGUCGUAUUUGAAGUAAUUUUGUCGAUACAGCGCCUUAUCAAGAAAUUCGGUACCGCUCAUCUACCAGCUGCUAGUGGCGGACAGAGCACUGCAAGAUCGACGAACAUGUCGACGAAGGCUUCACCACAUUGUGGAGACAGCAGAGAGGAGACGAGUAAGGUUGGCUCGGGGUUUGGUCCACCAAACCCGGGUGCUGACAGCGAUAAACGUUGCUUGAUCGUGGAGUGGGAUAUAAUUUUGCGUAUGCUCCAUACCCUAAGGCCGUGGGCAUCGGUGACAGAUGAGAGUGAAACAGAGGAGUUCCCUGAGAGAAUUUCGCAGCCUAAUGAUCGACGUAUGGGUGGAGACGUAAAUCAGCCUGCGCCUGUUCAUCCAACAAACGACUUGCCGGAUCAGCCGCAUCCACAAUUGCUGGUAUCAAUCCAACAAACAAGAGUUCCUCGCGAGCUCCUUGACACUCUACUAGCCGUGGAAGACCUCGUGGAACGACGUCGCUUUGCCGGCGAUGUAAAAGAGUUUCUCAACAUACUCGAACAAUAUUUGCCGCGUCUUUCCGAGGACUCGAUGUUGUUUUUACUACGACAGCGUGCUGAUGCAACUCAUCCGGGAUACCAUCUGACAUGGCUCACCACUUUGUCGAGUGUAAUGCGCACAUUCUUUUCUGGCGUUAGUUCUGAUGGUGAUGACCUGCUGAUACCUAGAGCAGUGCGCUUGGAGGCACUCGAAAUUUUGCGCGUCAACUUGUGGACAAGUCGCUACGUGUGCGAGGACCGCGUGAUUGAAGAAGUGGUGAUUCCAACGCUUGGUCAAGCAUAUAACGAUCCCGAUGCAGAGGUGCGGCGUCGCGCGCUCGGCUUCAUCAUCGAGGCAGCGCGUCAGCUAGAAAGUGCGAAGUUUGACUCAUUGCUAGACAUUCUUGCGAACGCGAUGAUACAUUCCGGAGACAAUGAUGCUCAACUUUUGGCAGCAUCUGGCGUCGUUUCUCUCUUUUCGUCAGCAUUCGACCAUUUGCCACCGGCGCGCGCCGUUCGCAUGUACGAUCUUCUGGUUACGACCGUGGAAGUCCAUCGCAGCCGUGCUGUUCGGCGUAUUGCGCUAUCGUGUUUACUGUGUGUAUGCGAAGCACGUGCGAUUGACGGUAGACUUCAAUGGAAAGAGCAGCAACAAGUUCGCACGUCACGCUUCCUGUUUAUUUCUCGACGUUCUGCACGUGUCAACUCAAGCAAUAUCCAGUCGACUGCAGCGCGCGUGCCAGUUGCGCGCGCAUUCCGCGCUCUACUCUCGUUAGUGACUGCGGAGCCUGACGCUGAGCUUUUCCGUAUCGCAGUUCAAGGCAUCAAAACCAUGCUAGAAAAUCGUACAAUCCUGGAAGAUGUAGAUGUGAGCGAAGUGUCGGCAAAGAUUGUGGCAAGCAUCGACUACGGAGCUUUCGGGAGAGCCGCAAUUGCUGAUGAGGUUGACAGAAUGCUUGGCGACCAUAUUGGUCAGCAAAAGCUGGCCAGUGUAGAUGCGUCGGUUUGCCGAGAUGAAAAGGAUCGAGAGGAACACGUAGCUAUUGAUCGCUUGAUCUCGCAAACGAACGUGGAGCUCGUGCACUCGAUUUACGUGAAAAGAAGACGUGACGAUCCUGACAAGAGUGCGAAAACGUUUUGCACAAGUUUGCGAGCUACAAUCGUGUUGCUCGCCAGAACACGGUACCUCGGCAUGGGAAUCGAACUGCUGCAGCUUCUUGUGAGCUACGAUUCAGAGCUGCACUAUCAUACGCUGCAAGAGCUCACGCGAUGCCUUGUUGGUUGCAUAGAAUCACGCCUGGCAGUUGCUGAUAAAGACUUUCUUAUGGGUGGUGCUGCUGCAGAAGACUCGACCUCAUCGUUGUCCGCGUCUGUGUCAGCUCCAGACAUGCUAUACCGCCAUGAUGGGGCAGAGCCUGAGCCUCGUAUCGCGGGCACGUUCGUGUCUGACACACCUCUCGGAUUCACCUCCCGUGUGCUAUCGCGCUUCCAGACUUCCGCUUCACACGGUAGCCUCUUUCACGCGUUUUCGGGGUCUAUGGGCAAAUCAGCACUAGAGCACAAACCAGGAUCGAAGUCGCCGUCUGAAAAGGCGGUUGUGAGCUCAUAUGAUGAAGUAAGGCGCAGGUCGCGCAACGAGCGAGUGGUGGACAGCGUCGGAAAUGCAGUAAGCAGCAACGACUGCGGUGCGCAAGCUUGGUGCUCUCCGCAAGAAUCAGUAUCGCAGCAGUCAGCCGAUAUGACGGCGUUACCACCACUGCCAGCACACGAUGACAUUAUCGAGUCACCGUCAUACUGUUGUGAAAACACACAAGUUCGGUGUCACACACAGCGAAAGCGUGAUUCCUUGGACUGUAGAAGCAAGAGCAAGCAAUACAGACAAGCGGAAGGGGAUGAUGGAGAAGAAGGUUCGUCGUGCAGAUCCGUCACUCGCUCCAAACAGGAAGAUGCCGAAGAAAGUGCCGACGUUGAGAGGCGACAAGAACUUGCGAACAAUAAACGCUGGGAAACUGAGACGGAUACGGUUUCACACAACGAUCGUCUCAGCGACGGGUUGCGUCUACGAGUAGUGACACCAAGCACUCUGCAAUCUGGUGAAGCCAACCCCUCGACGACCGGAAGCGUGUGCGGACGAGACGAGUACGAUCCGACGUGCUUGAUGACGCAACUGUUUGAUCUAAGCGUCAGGAAUCGUCCACAGUUGCUAAGAGAUGGACCAGCACUGAAGCUGGCGCUCAACGUGCUGGAUCGUACGCCAGAAUUGGAGACACACAAGAUCGGUCUGUUGUAUGUCAGAGACGGUAAAAAACCUUCCGAGUCCACUAUUCUAGGGACUGCCGGCGGAUCGCUGCGUUACUUGCGAUUCUUACGCCGUCUGGGCACCUUCACUAAACUGGAGGGGUUUCCUGGUUAUACGGGAGGGCUUGACACUAUGAACAACAGCGAUGGCAAAUUUGGUCUCGUCUAUCAAGACGCAUGUGCACAGAUAAUGUUCCACGUGGCCACGAUGAUGGUUCCCCAAAGCUACCGACGUGACAGCAACCCCGCUGCAGAAAACUUUGCCUCGAUGCAAAAGAAGCGCCAUAUUGGGAAUGACUUCGUGCACGUGGUGUUCAAGGAAUGUGACGAGGACUACGACUUACGGACAAUAUCUGGGCAGUUCAACGAUGUGCACAUCGUCAUUCAGCCACUCAAUGACCACGAGUAUCGCACGCAGGUGCACGUCAAGCAAGGGAUUGCACCGUUCGGACCGCUUUACGGCAGACAGGUUGUGUCCAGCAGCAUCAUCUCGGAGUGCGUGCGACUCACUUGUAUGAACGCCAAUCUGGCAUGCCAGGUGUUCCACCAAGACCUCAUAGGGUUCGCUCUGAACUGCGAAGAGCGCUUGAAACAAAUCAAGCAGUUGGGACUUCGACUUGCUACUUCGGGUGACUGGAAUCUUGACGAGUGA